GCAACCAUCAUCAUAAACCAAAACAUCUGAUGCAGUGUUCUUAGUGGCCAGUGUUACUCGACUCGCGGUCUCAGACGCCCGUGCUUGAUCGAAAAAAAUUGUGUUCGGAUUUCAAACAUUUUGACAAACAAACAUGUCUAGAAGACUAACGAAGCGGUACCUCACGCCAGCGGACGAAUACCGCUGUCCCCUGGCCAGUGAGACGCAGAGGAUAGCCCAGGAACAGCUUAGGGAGACGGACAACGCCAGAUCGCAGGCUCUGGCGUCCCUCAGGAACUGGAUGGAGCAGAACCCGAAGUUCAUGGCUGUCAGACUGGACUCAAGCUUUCUACUGCGAUUCCUUCGCGCGAAGAAGUUCAGCGUGCCAAUGGUCCAGGAGGCGAUUGAGAGGUACAUCCUUCUGCGGCAGUCCUGGGGCAUCGCCUUCAACCAGCUCGACUACAAACUGCCGACCAUGAUGGAGCUCAUUGACCUGGGAUACAUUUUCGUCAGUCCAUUCAAAGAUAGGGGUGGUCGGCGCGUAGUCGUGUACAGGCCUGGCGUGUUCGACCCGUACAAGUAUACCAACCAGGAUAUGUGCCGGGUCAUGGGCAUCUGCUACGAAACGCUGAUGGAAGACGAGGAAACCCAGGUCCGAGGGCUGGUGCACUUCGCCGACGGCAGCGGCGUGUCCUUCCCCCACCUCACCCUCUUCACCCCCAAAGAGGCUGUGCGGAUAGUGAAAAAUGGGGAGAGAACAAUUCCAAUGAGACACAAAGAGAUCUACGGCGUAAAUGUACACCCGACGAUCAAGUUCGCACUAGACUUCGGCAUGGGGCUCAUAUCCGACAAGAUAAGAAAAAGGGUGCGUCUCUACAGCGCCGCGGAAGACGUCGAGAUCGAUAAGAAACUGUUACCGAAGGAGUAUGGCGGCGUUAUGCCAAUGAAGGAGAUGAUCGAUUUGUGGAAAGAAGAAUUGGCAGCGAAACGGGACAUUUUAUUAUUGAACGACAAAAUGGCGGUCCGGCUGGAGAUGUACUCCGAAGCCGCGAGAGAGGGCGCCGUCUCCGCAUUACGGUCCGGCGCAAAUACAUGCGCAGGCGCAGACGCCGUGGGCGACGCCAUGCGAGGACUUACGGGGAACUUCAGAAAGUUAGAAGUCGAUUAGAAUGGACUGAUUCUUAUUUGUAGGUACUUACUAGAUUUCGUCUUUAGUAUCAUAUUUUGACUGGUAGAAUUAAAUAAAAAAUCGAGCGGUAACAUUUAAAAUCUAGGUAUUAGAUGUACAGCAUUUGCGGUGUAUACGUAUAAACUAUUCUAUUAUGUAAAAAUAAUGUUAAAUUUUUUUUUUUUCAAUAUUCUCCGAAUGACCAGUUGUAAUAUGACAAUUCAGACUAACAAUUACUUAAUAAGAACCCCCGCCUUGACACGGUUAAUACAAUAUAAGUAAAUACCGGUAGGAUUAGUAAUAAAAUAGUUUGUAUACGUAAUACGAUGUGGUGUUCGUUUUUAAUCUAAUAAGUAUCGACGCAUUUUUGCCUCUAUGUACAAUUUGCGAGUAUACGAUUCAAAAAUCCUUGAGUAAAAUUACAUAUGGUGAAUAUGUACAUAUAAUCUCAUAUAAGACUAAAUACUUUAGAAUCUUGAUUUAAGUAUAAGUUUUGUAAUAAAAAAAGGAUGGAAAUAAAAAUAUAUUGUAGU